AAAUACAAUCAAAACAAAUUCUUAUUAAAUUCCGCACCAAGACAAAACCACUGAGCAGGAAAUCGGACGCGGGAGAGAAAUGGCGCCAGACAAGGUAAUCGUGAAAGCAUCAGCUGCUUUCAUGUCUUUCCUCUGCUAUGAACAACUACGCGUCGCCAAAGCUCAGGAGGGGUUUCUUCUGGGAAAAGUCGAGACAGUCAGUCAGCACAUCAGCGACUCACAGAUAUGCAACGAGAUGACGCACACAGUUAUCACCCUGUCCUCCUUCCUGCCCUGCACGAGGCUUGGCAUUUUCUACAGCGGUGCCGGCAGAGUGGACAUGGCCAAGUUGAAGCAGUACCUGGGCGACCACUACACGCACCUGGUGGGAUGGUACAGGAACCGUACCAGUGAGCGGGACACAGUGUACCUGCGGGAGAGGCUGGUACAUGAGCAGCUGGCGGAGUCUGUGGUACACUCAAGGGGCCAUUUCAUCCUGGCACUCUUCACCUCCCCCCUUGUGGCAUCCUCCGGAACUCUCGACUCUGCCCACCAGUUCCUCAUGCUGCAAAAUGGUAAGCUGGAGGGAGUGUCGCUGGAGAUAGUGAACAUGCAAGACACAUCUACAGGCGGGUAUGUGCUCACACCCGCCCUCUCCCCAUCCCCCGCCCUGCAGAAGGUGGCUGCCCGACUCUCUGGAGAGCCAGGUGUGGAGGAGGUGGAAGAGCUACAUGAGGCCUUACAGAAGAGGCUGCAGGAGGUGUUGCCGUGCUUGGCGGAGGCAUGGAGGGAACAGGCAGAGGUGUUGAAGCGGGUGGAGGCUCUGCGGAGACACUGCCACCAAAACAGGACUGCCGUGGAUUUCUGUCCAGGUGAGGAAGUGAAGGAAGAAGAGGAGGAGGAAAGAAGGAAGAAGACAACAAAGGAGAAAUCAAAGAAGGAUUUAAUCAACUUUCAAGAGGAGGAAGAAGAGGAUGUGGAGGUGGUGGACAAGGAGGAGGAGAUAAUGGAGGUGGAUCAAGAGGAGGACAUUGUGGAGUUAAUUGAAGACAAACCAGUGAAACCCUCUGCCUCCACCACCACCACCACCACCACUACCUCCACCCCCUCCACUCCAAGAGGAAGAGGAAGAAACGUCGGAAGAAGAGGAAGAGGAAGAGGAAGGCAAGAAAACACGCCAAACAGUCCCGAUUUAUUCAGUUUUGUCAGCCGGGAGAUGGAGAAAGAGGGGAGUUUGGCCAGGUCAUCUCCCUACUCAUCUCCACGCUCAUCUCCCCACUCAUCUCCCCUCAGGUCACCCCCCGUUAAGGCUCCCCACUCCCGGCAAGGUCAGAUAAGGUCAACUACUCCCAGGGGGGCGAGGAGGAGGGGGGUAGGGGCUGGAGGGAGUGUAGGGGGCUCGCACUCUCCCUCCCCUGCGAUUAGGAGGGGCCGGGACUCAAACCCAGACCUUCCCUGUGGUGAGGUGAGUGUGCUGACCACUACACCAGUGGCUUCCCAAGGUUCCCCAGGGGCCCAAAGCAAAGAAAAUUGUAUGAGGCUCUCACUGACAUGCACAAAGCGAGACUUGCCCAUUUGCUUCGCUGCUUCCCGGGACUUGAAUCUGGACCCUCUUGAUUGUGUAGUGGUGAUGUCAGGUGUGCAGUGA